AUGGAAAUUCCUCGGGACCUGCUUAUACUCGGUUCAUGCUUUAACUCAGCACAAGGGCACGACGUGCAACAAGUUUCCAUUGGACCCACCGGUUAUCUCUGGAAGUUCCCGAGAUACCGCAUCGCCCGUCUUAUGGACCUGGUCUAA